UUCCUUUUUCAGUGAAUCGAACAUAACCAAAAACCCUCCGAUCUAAACCCCCUCACCACCAUUUCAGCUUGCAGCCGGCCAUGGCGCAUCGACGUUCACUCCACUCGCUGGCUCGCCUCAUCUCCUCAUCCUCCACCGUGGCUCCGCGCUGUACUGUGAAAUCACUCGCCUCGAUUCUCCCGAAUCAUUUCUCCACGGCCGCAAUCAGCUCGAGCUCCGAUUGCAUUCUUCCAGACUCCGAAGCCACUUUUUGGUGCAGCAGCCUCUUCUCCCGCAACCGAGCUCGCCAUUUUUGUUCCAGCUCACGAAAAGAUGAUGACGAAGGCGAAGACGAAGAGGACGGCGACGAGGAUGAUGACGAGGAGAGUGAAGGAGAUUACAGUGAUGAAGACGAGGAGGGAGCUAGGGAGUCGUCUGAUUCUAAUUCGAAGCCGAAACCGCCGCCGCCGGGUCCCGUAGACAAGGUGGCUAGGGCUGCUGAGAUUGGAUACAAAGUGGUCGGCAAGCUACGGCCUUCUGAAAAAGUAUUCAAACCGUACGAGCCUGUUUACGCUGUCGUUCAGAUUGGGUCUCACCAGUUUAAGGUCAGCAAUGGGGAUACUAUUGUCGCCGAGAAAUUGAAGUUCUGUGAUAUAAAUGACAAGUUGAUUCUCACCAAGGUUCUAUUGUUAGGGUCAGCAACCCAAACAAUUGUUGGUAGACCGAUUGUGCCAGAUUCAGCUGUUCAUGCAGUUGUUGAGGAGCAUGCAUUAGAUGAAAAGGUAAUCAUCUUUAAGAAAAAGAGAAGGAAGAACUACCGCCGGACUAAAGGACAUCGUCAGGAAUUGACUAGAUUAAGAAUCACUGACAUUCAAGGAAUUGCAAAACCCGAAAUCAAAGUAGAUCCUAAACCCACGAAGCCCACGAAGCCUUCGAAGCCCACGAAGCCUUCGAAGCCUACAGUUGAGGAGCAAGAACAGGUUGCAGUUGCUGCUUAGGAAUCAUUCUGUCUUCUUGGCGGUGAUGCUCCCUGGGCUUCUGAGGUCAGUUAAGAGUUCUGCAAUGCUGUUUUUAGUUUGGCAGAGUACCUUUAGAUCCAUUAAGCAAAGAGGCUACUGGGAGGACAAAGUGAACCAUCCAAGAAGAUGGUUGACUGGUUGAUUUGAUGAAAAUAUACUACAUUCCCCUUUGAGCUACUUCACUCUACUGUAUUUCCUGUCUGCAUCUUUUGGUAGCUAUACUGCUUUUGUCCGUUUAGUGUAGUAGAAUUUGCCAUAAUAGACGAUUAAUUGAGGAUCAAAAUAAAGUAUCCUUUUUUAUACGAGACCUUGAUCUUCUGUUAGGGGUUUGUGAUGCUUGAAACGGAUUUGGCCUUAUCUGGCUAAUACUGAUUAGUGAUUUCAAGCACGAGCCUUAGGCUUGAAGCUUGCAGUAUUAGAGCCUUUGGUCAUGUUUGAUGAAUAUUUAAUCACCCACUGCUUUUGCUAUAGAUGAUUGCUGGUUUAACUGAAAGUUGCCCAUCUUCAUGGUAAAUUUGAUGAACGCAGAUAUGUCAAUUUCGACUUUGCUUGCUCAUGCUGAUAUGUUUAGG